GAAGAAACUGGGCAAUUUUAUAACAGCAUAGAUAUUAAAAUUCUAGGAUACACGAAUUUUCUGAUCCUCUCGACUCUUGAUCUUCAUGUCCUUCCCGCUAAUCCCCGGAUCUGAGAGUAAGUCGCGCAAAAGCCAUCGUAGCUAUAUCGACCUAGCACGCGACCUCAUCGCGACGCGACGGACGGAGACCAGUUUGAUUCCUCCUUCGUGAGUAACGUGAGGAUCUACGUCGCGCUACUUUCCUGGCGAAAAUCCGCGACGAUGCGGCGGCGCGCUGUGCAACGGUGCAUCCGUCCAUCAGCGGAAAAAGUCGUCCCUCGCGCGUUCGGGACGAAUUGCCACGAUAAUUGCGGUCGACGUGCCCGAUGUCUUUCUACUCGCGCGAGACCGAAGUCGAUCCGCGAAGCCUGCAAGCGAGUCGGCGGCGCGAGCGCGAGCGCGAGCGCGAGGAGGGACAUAAAGGAGAGAAAAAGAGAGAACAGCGAAUGCACCGCGCAUGCACUUUCAGUCGUUAUACCCCCCACAAGAUGCAUGCCACGGCUCGGCCGCGAUGCGGAGAUACUCGAGCCGAGCCGAAGGGCUUCAGAAGCACGCAGGAGCUCGCAUCGAGUGCACACACGCGUCGGCGUUCUCCGCGAGAUACGCGAGACGCGGCGCGAUCGCGAACGACCUUCGCAGUGAUAACAGAGAUUGCUUGCGACAUGGUGCCCCGAAUACGGUAAUCACGCUGAUCACGCGCGUCCAAGUCGCGCGCAUCCAAUGAAUGCAAGAAGAGAUCUGAGAAAUUGCCCGUGACAUGUCGUACCUCGUUCCGAGCGUGAGAUUAUUAACGUUAAUCAGCCUUCUUCUCUCCAACUGCGGCAGAGCUAUUGCCCCAUUAUUAACUAUGCAUCCGUUAUACCCGGAGGAACCGCUCGUCGAGGUGUCGAAGAUAGAUCGCCGAAGGUUAAUUACACCCAGGGAUGUUCUUUCGCUUCUUGCUUGCCAAACGCAAUUAAAAGUUGCGCUUCAAGUCGCGAGCCCAGCAAGGAUCGCAGGAAUCGUGGAUUGCCUUGGAGAACAGCUCUCGAUACACGCGCCGCAUCGGAAGCGUCGGGAAGUUCACCAUGGUGCGCAGCGAACCGGAAACGUAAAGUGGAAGAAAAAGAAUUCGCUACUGGGCAAGAAAUUGCAACAAGUCCGCGAGGCAAGAUAAGUCUUUGUAGUUUGCGUGGUUAAUUGCAUGGCGAAGACGUAAAAUGCGAUAAUACUUAUCGGCACGAUAACAUCUAAUGAUAAUAAUAUCUGAUUGCAUUGAUACAUUUGAUAAAAUUCCACUCGAUUAAGACGGGGAGUGAUGAAAGAUAACUACACAUUCACACCUGUGUUUCGCGUAAUGGGAUAUUUCAAUCGUCUCGGAGAGCCCGCAUUUUUCUUUUCGUUAUAUUUCUGGACGUUAAUUUAACGAAACCUCUCCGAGACUGUCCUGAUUUUCACUGUUUAAUCAGACUAUCUGGGUCACUAAUAAACGGUUUUGUUCCUCAAACGGUAUUUGGCCUCUAAAAAGUCUGACAAAAUCUCGAUGUAUUCUUUUAACGUCUAUAGGAAUACGAUUGUGCAAUUACAUGACCCGAAGCAUUUUUACUUUUUCUGUACAUGUCCGAAUUUGAGAUAUAAUAAAAUCGUCAAAAUGCCAAAGUCAAUAAUGCCAAGUCUCAAUCAAUAUGACCCAAGUUAGUUUGCGGAUAGUCGAUAAAUAAGCUGUAAUAAAAACAAAAAUAUUCUCUCAACUUA